CAAUUGUCAUCACCACGACGCUCUCCGACUCAUCCAUUCGUCGCAAAGUCUCACCAGACUCACUCACUUCUUUUUUCACCCAAACCACCCCAACCAACCCACUUUCAAAAUGACUGGCGGCGGCAAGUCUGGCGGCAAGGCCUCUGGUUCCAAGAACGCGCAAUCGCGUUCUUCCAAGGCUGGUCUCGCGUUCCCUGUUGGUCGUGUCCACCGUCUUCUCCGAAAGGGCAACUACGCUCAGCGUGUCGGUGCCGGUGCCCCUGUGUACCUCGCUGCCGUCCUUGAGUAUCUUGCUGCCGAAAUCCUCGAGUUGGCUGGCAACGCUGCCCGUGACAACAAGAAGACCCGUAUCAUCCCCCGUCAUCUCCAGCUCGCCAUCCGAAACGAUGAGGAGUUGAACAAGCUUCUGGGUCACGUCACCAUCGCCCAGGGUGGUGUCCUACCCAACAUCCACCAGAAUCUUCUGCCCAAGAAGACUGUCAAGGGUGGCAAGAACGCGAGCCAGGAGCUGUAAGCGGGUCGUUGGUUUGUGUUUUCUUGCGAUGGUGGGUUGUUUGGGUCGUCAUGACAAAGGGGUCACGGUUCAGGGUUCACACGGUUGCUUUUAUCACUUUAUUCGCGCGUUAGGGUUGUACAAUAAUCCCCCACGGCAUGGUCAUGAAUAAGAAGACUUCAAAGAUCAACCCUGUUUCCCCUGUGG